CUAGUCUAGUGAGUUGUUCUCUUACAUUAAGCGCCAGCACAAUAUCUCUUGGUUUCAGAAGAUCUCCGACUUGUGAAGAAAGCGACGUAAUGGGAUGGACCUGCCUAUCUGGAGCUAACCAAUAUUUCGCAUACUCAAGUUUGCAAUUCCACCAAAGGACAAACACUUCUCGAGAGAAGUCGAUUUCAACUCAACUUCUUCACUCACCGAAAUCAUGUCGAAGCCCAUAGUCCUUCAACUGGGCCAAAUCGAGCACGCCCACGACACCUGGGCAUCCCUCGCCGACGUCGCCCAAAUCAUCAAGCCCAAGGCGACCAACCGUGCUGAGUUCCUCGAGGAGUGCAAGUCUGGCGCCCUCGACGGCGUAAAGGCAAUCUACCGCACUUUUGCAAGCGUCCACAUCACCGGUCGUAUCGACGCCGAGCUUGUCGCCGCUCUACCCUCCAGUGUAGGCUUCAUCUGCCACAAUGGCGCCGGCUACGACCAAAUUGACAUACCCGCCUGCACAUCCCGCUCCCCCACCCCCAUCCUGGUCUCAAACACGCCCACCGCAGUCGACGACGCAACAGCAGACAUUGCAAUCUUCCUCAUCCUCGGCGCCCUCCGCAACCUAAACGCCUCCAUCCUCUCCAUCCGCGACGGGAAAUGGAAAGGCCAACCCCCUCCACCCUUGGGCCGCGACCCCCAGGGGAAAAUCCUGGGCAUCCUCGGUAUGGGCGGUAUCGGACGCAACAUGGCUAAGAAGGCGAGGGCGUUUGGCAUGGAGGUGCGGUAUUUCAACCGUGCGAGGCUGGAGGGACACUUGGAAGACGAGUGUGGUGCCAGCUACGUCGAUUUCGAGACGUUGUUAAGGGAGAGUGAUGUGAUUUCACUCAACCUGCCUCUAAACGCCCACACCCGCCACAUAAUCUCAACCCCUCAAUUCGCCCUCAUGAAACCCGGCGUCGUGAUAGUAAACACGGCCCGCGGCGCCGUCAUCGACGAAGCCGCGCUCGUCGCGGCCCUCGACUCCGGAAAAGUCGCCAGCGCGGGUCUCGACGUCUUCGAGAACGAGCCCGAGGUCCACCCGGGUCUGCUCGCCAAUCCCAACGUGCUCAUCGUCCCGCACAUGGGCACCUGGACGCUGGAGACGAGUGUCAAGAUGGAGAAGUGGGCUAUUGGGAAUGUUAGGAGGGCGGUGACGGAGGGCAAGUUAGAUAGUGUCGUUGUUGAGCAAAAGGGGCUUGUUGCUUAGGGUUGGCGGUGGAGAAAGAGGGAAGUAAGUACUUUGUGGCGGAGGUUUUUCAAAUCAAGGGAUAUGUGACAAGCAGCGGAAUGAAGUUUUCUACAGACUUGGACGUCACACGUGAUA